AUGCGUCCAGGAGUCAACGGCAAGGCUUGUCUCCAGCGACAGCAUGGCUUGCAGAUCUUGUGGACUACCAUCGCUGUCCUGGCUCUCAUCUCCGCUACCGUAGGCGCAGAUGAUUGCAUCAAGCUCACAAACUCGAGCUUUGCCAUGUUGUGGGCUGGUUCAGUCAUUGACCUUGACCCCUCCAUGCAUUUCCACACCAAGAGAUACAACUUGAGAGUCAGAGACGCUCCUGAAAAUAUCCUCUUGACCACCCAAGGACUGUCGGUGAAAGUGAUCGGCCGACCGAUCCUCGUUAAGCUAGCAGCCACCAACGACUCGCUGACGGAGCACGAGUUUGCGUUUGACGCUCCUCCUCUCCGGCUGCAGCAGCCAGGCAAGCAGCUGCAGAACAUUCGCAUGGAACCAGCCAAGAGAUCAGUUGCCCUCGUUCCGUCAGAAGCCUUCCAGUUGUUCGGAAGCCACAGCUGCUCGUGUGUUGAGAGGGGAGGAACACAGGACGAGAUGGACAGCAUCAGUUGCUACACAGACUGUGAGAUGAGAAUGUUUGUCGACGGGAAGCUGGCGACAACAAGGUUUGAGGAUGAGAGUGGAAGGUGUUUACCUCCUUCCGUCCUCACAGGAGCUGCGGGCCAAGGAGUUCAUCACGUGUCGGCGGAUCUUUUCAAGCUCAACCAUUUCCCGCUAUCAUCCACGUCCAUCUCCAGCUUCAGCAUCGGCCGAGGCAGCGACCGCUUCCACAACAUGUACCAGCACUACAGCAAGUCGCACGCCAUGUCCAGGGCAGCCGCGAGCCUCUGCUCCCCUGCUCACACCCAGCCAGACUGGGAGGCAGGAAGGUGCAUGCGGGCGCUGGUGUACUCCUGUCCUCCUCAGCACACCUGCGGGGGGCUGGCAGACAGGAUCAAAGGCAUUCUGUCAUCCUUCCUCCUCGCCAUCCUAUCCGGGAGAUCGUUCUUCAUCGACUUCUCCUCUCCCUUUCCCCUUCACGACGCUCUGAGGACGAGGACGAUCGACUGGAGGCUGGAGGGAGUGGAGGCGCUGGAGCCGGUCAUGGCAGCUUACAGGCGCUUGGAGAAGUCGCCGUCGACGUCGUUCGUGGUGGAGGACAGCAGGAUUGAGUAUCGCGAUGUGACGUCAGUCUCGUCCUUCAAGACGUUUGCGACGGAGCUGGAGGAUGGGUCGAGUCAACCCGUUUGGAUCAUGACGACCAAUAUCGCCAUGUACAAGACUCUGCUGACUGGCAGGCAGACCCGCAGGCUGAUGGAACUGGCCGGCUUGUACCCAUCACCCACGUCGCAUCUUUUCCGCAAGUUGUUCAACAUGUCCGAAGAGCUCCAAUCUUUCAUCUCCGACCAGAUCGGAAGGCUCAAACCUCAAUGGUCGGAGGAGCUUCUCCGGAGGAAGCAGCGGUGGUUGGCACGUGGAGGGAAUAAGGAGGAGGAGGAGGAGGAGGAUCGAGGGCAGGCGGAAAGGGGAUGGAGAGGAGAGGAGCAAGACUCUCAGGUCUUUGUACUGCAACUGAGGACAAACUAUGAAAAGAGAUGGAGGGACCCUCACAAUGUUGGAUUGGAGGACAUUCCCUCCAUGCUCGCGUGCUUGAGAUCGAGGAUAGGAUGGGAUCGCCACGUGCUGCACGACGACGUGACUGUUGUGAUCUCAGACAGCCAGAAGAUGAAGGAAGAGACGAUGAAACAAGCUGCGUCCGGAGCGCAGCAGCAGCAGCAGCAGCAGCAGCAGCAGCAGCAGCAGCCGCCGCCGCAAGAAUCUUCUCUGUAUCGCAAGAAUAGUGCAGUGAGAGAAAAUAUGACAGGGAACAAGACAGAGAGGAGGAGGAGGAAGAGGAAGAGGAACGAGCAGGAGCAGGAGCAGGAGCAGGAGCAGGAGCAGGAGCAGGAGCAGGAGCAGGAGCAGGAGCAGGAGCAGGAGCAGGAGCAGGAGCAGGAGCAGGAGCAGGAGCAGGAGGAAGAGCAGGAGCAGGAGCAGGAGCAGGAGGAAGAGAAGGAGGAGGAGGAGGUCGCUCGGGCUGACCGGCCGACUGCAGAGCAGUACAACACGUCCAAGUUCAUCAUGUUCGACAUCCCAAGGAUUGUCCACAUCGACCGUGAUGACGUCACGGUCGCCUCCCAACAUUAUCACUGGGUCUUCCUUGAGUUCUUCGUCAUGACCUGGGAGUUCUACGACGACCCUGCGUUAUCACCAGAGGUUCCCCUUGACUUGAGCAACUGA